UAAAUAGCAGAAAACCCCACGUGAUCUUCACCCUGCAUCUGUGCUUCAAGAGUCAGACCCUCGUCCCGGUGAGCUCGCUGUCACUGAACCUCGUCUCGCCGCGUGUCGUCCCAGCGUUGUCUAGCCGUUGUCAUCUCGCCAUCGUUGCAAAGGCUGCAAGUUCAGCGUGUGAAAUUGCAUUUGUGUCUGAAUGGCUGUUCCUCAUGCCCACAUGCUUCAAUCUGCGAACUUCUUGCGCAAGAGCUGUCUGCAUCUUUCGCACUAUGACUGUGGUAAAUACAAUGGUAAGAGAGGACGCCCUCGUGUAGCUUUUGCUUCAAUUCAGCAAUCAGAGAGAGACGUUUCCAUUGACCCCAAGGUUGAAUUACUUCUGGACAGUGUGAAAUGGGAUGGCAAAGGUUUAGCAGUGGCAAUAGCUCAAAAUGUGGACACAGGAGCCAUACUCAUGCAAGGUUUUGCCAAUAGAGAUGCUGUAGCUACAACCAUAUCCUCUCGCAAGGCAACAUUCUAUAGCCGGUCACGGUCAACAUUAUGGACAAAGGGAGAGACCUCUAAUAAUUUUAUUAAUGUUCAUGAUAUCUUCCUUGAUUGUGAUCAUGAUUCUAUUAUAUACCUUGGGAAGCCUGAUGGGCCAACCUGUCACACCGGGUCAGAGACAUGCUAUUAUACAUCCGUCUUUGACUUGUUAAAAGGGCAAGAGGCCAAAGGAAGUAGAUUAGCUUUAACCUCAUUGUAUGCACUGGAGUCAACAAUCUCCCAGCGCAAAGCAGAGUUAGCAGGAGGAGAAACUGGAAAGCCUUCAUGGACAAAGCGAUUACUGCUUGACCAUCAUUUGCUGUGCUCUAAAAUCCGGGAGGAGGCAGAUGAGUUGUGUCAAACACUCGAGAAGAACGAGGACAAGUCACGAGCUGCCUCAGAGAUGGCAGAUGUAAUAUAUCAUGCCAUGGUUUUGCUGGCAAAUAAAGAAGUGAAAGUAGAAGAUGUUUUGGAGGUUCUUCGAAGGAGAUUUUCUCAAUCUGGUAUUGAGGAAAAGAGAAGUCGAGUGUCUCAAAAAUCAGAGGAACAUUGAUGAUUCUGUCAAUUCUGCUUCUGAAACACCAUUUUGGGCCUGUGGGGAUGGUGGAUGGGAUUCAGCUUGCAUGCGCAUCAGCAAACAUGUUCACUUUGCAUGGAUACUGUUGCCAUAUUUUGAUGUGCAUUUUUUUUUUAAUACUUGUAGUUUAUGUGAUUGUUAUCCUCACAAUUUCCCCUCAACCAGUUUUGCACAUUUUAAAGGCUUUGUUAAGUGAGUUAAUUGCAUGGCUUGGAUGCUUAUACAUGGAAUGCUGUAUUAUCAUUAUUUCUUACUUUCAA